GCACCUUGAUCUUUUCAUGUGAGUCGCGCCCUGAUGUUUAUUGCUAUCAUCGGCUUGCGUUUUUCGGGCAAGUCUACCGUCGAAAAUUAUCUGAUCGCCAAAGGCUUCACGUCUGUCCACUUGCGCGACAAGGAUGUAGAGAUCACAGCAGGCGUUGAAAAUCCGGUCAUUCCGCAGGCCUCACCCCUGCUUCCGGUGCGAACCAAUAAUAUCAUUGGUGAUGAGCACGGACGCUUCUUGGCGUUGGACUCGCCCACGCCACCAUCUUCGUCCCAAAACUCAAAUGUGAAAGUUCUUUCCUUUGGCUCACCAGCCCUGUUGCUGGAUCAUGUCACACAGCAUUGGCGCUCGAAUUUCGUUACGACCGACCUCAACUCAGAUAGACUAGUAAACUACUUCAUCAGGCGCCCUUUCUUCAUGCUAAUUAGCAUAGACGCACCCAUCCUGCAAUGUUACCACCGCUGUCACGGUUUGAUAAACAUAGCGACUCUCAAAGACUUCGUGCGGGAACAUGACCGUGAAGUGUUUGGAGACAGAGCAGGGCCAGACUCUCCAGGAGAGCUUUCACUGCUCCGCCGUGCAAGUCCACAGGUCAAACUCAAAAUUGUCAAUUCCUUCGCUUCCAUCGCAGAACUCCAUUAUCACCUGGAUUCUUUAGAUAUCACGAAUACAAAUCGACUGAGACCUCAAUGGGAUACCUAUUUCAUGACGCUCGCAGAUCUUGCUUCGCAACGUUCCAAUUGUAUGAAACGCCGCGUAGGCGCCAUACUUGUCCGUGAGAGCCGUAUUGUUUCCACAGGUUAUAACGGCACUCCUCGUGGUGUCAAAAAUUGCAAUGAGGGGGGGUGCGGACAUUGCAAUCGCACAUCGGCGACUAAUGGUACCGAAUGCCUUUGCCUACAUGCCGAAGAAAAUGCGCUUCUAGAAGCAGGAAGAGAUCGGGUUGGCGCGAAUGCCACUAUGUAUUGCAAUACAUGUCCGUGUUUGAAGUGCACCAUCAAGAUCAUCCAAAGCGGUGUCAAAAGAGUAGUCUACAAUUUGAGCUAUAAGGUAGAUGACGCAUCUGCACGAUUGUUUCAGGAGGCUGGUGUAGACAUCUUCCGACACGUUCCACCCCCUGAACCAUAAAAUUGGCGACGGAAGCUUGAUAGCAAGAUAAGAUACCACAAAAGACAUGCUUUUACUCGUUGAGGAUUGCGCGUACAUUGUCUUGUAUAUCCCACCUGUAUUCUCUCAAGUAAGCGACUUCACCAGUCAAAUGUCCACAUGUCGCCAUAAGCGCCAACCAUACGGCAUCUUCAUUACCCCUGCCGAGCGCAACAUACAACUCUCUUGCACAGGCCUGUAGUUCCUCGUGUGCCUGUUUGUGCAAGAAGCGCCUGAAUGCGAGAAUGACCUGCCAGCCGGACGCAUCUUGCAUAUGGACACCGGCUACGGCAGCGCUCCAUAACCACGGCGUGCAAGGGCAUUCUGAUCGUCGGAUGCAUCUAGCUUUUUCAAAAUGCUG